AUACUUAUUACAUAAAAAAAUUGCAUUUAUAUGUGUCGGCACUACUUUAAAUAUAUUUAUUAAAUAGGCUAUGAAAUCAUUUUAAUGAAAUGUCUUUUUUUUAUUUGUCACCAGUAAAAGGAACUAUACCUUUUCAUGUAUUGGAAGUUAUUGUCACAAAGAGGUUAGAGCACUUAAAUACUAUUUUGAGGAACACACCAAUUGAAUACAACGAAUAUGUAAUCGAUGGAAGUGUUUAUGACAAUGUUGGUCAUUUUACAUUAUGUAUAGCAGCUAUUCUGGAACGAAAUAAUGAUAUAAACAACUUUUUAUUGAGCACUGAAGUAGCUCUGUUCAAACGCCGUCUAUACUCUCUUUCCACAUCAUACGAUAUCAGAUGUUUUGCUAGAAAAUUAUUAAAAAACAUAAGAAAACUCGACGAUGUAUUUGUUAGUUUUAUAAAACCAUUGCAAGUUGUAUGUCAACACAUUUAUUUGAAACAUAUAUCACAACACCUUAGUUGUGAAUGUAAUAAAGAUUGUACAUUAUACCAUCUAGAAUUAAAAUUUCUACAUUGUUUAGAAUUCAUAUCCAAAAGGAGAGUAGAACUAAAUAAUGGCAUGGCAAAAAUACCAUGCAAUAAAUGGAAAGAAUAUUUAAUAAUGCUAUUUCGUACAAAUUUAAACCAUAAGUUAUACAAUAUUAAAUUAAACAAUAUUACCUGUGAUCCAAGAAUAAAUGAAAUUGUAGCAAAAGUAAGAAACUCAUGUAGAGGCAAGAUUUCAUCACCAAAUAGUUUAUCAUGUCAUGAAGUUGAUGGUGCAUCAAAAAGUUUCCCACCGUGCAUGUUAAACCUGCAUUUGCAGCUUAGGAAACGGCAUAGACUAUCCCAUGAACAAAGAUUCAAUUAUAGUCUGUUCCUGAAAGAUAUUGGAAUGCCUGUGAAUGAGUCUAUAGAGUUUUGGAAGAUGGAAUACAGUAAGGCAGCUCAUGCUCACAGCUGUUGUCAUAAUUGGGAACAGGAUGAGAAAAAGUUCCUCUAUGGUAUUAGACAUAUGUAUGGAUUAGAAGGUGGAAAAAAGAGUUAUUCAUGUCGGAAUUGUAGCCAAAUACAGAACAUUGAAAACUCCUGCUCGGAAGGAGGAUGUCCAUUUAAAUCAUUUGGAGAUGCACAAAUGCAACAACUUUUGUACUUAAAUGAAAAUGAUUCCCUUUUGUCACAGAUAAAUGAACUAAAGGUUAAGCAUCAAUAUUCAAAAGCAUGUGUUUUAUAUUUAGAAAAUAAACUCAAUGAUUCCAUUGACUGUGAUAAAGUUACAUUAAAUUUAACUCCAGUAACAUAUUUUUUGAUUGCUUGUGGUAAAUAAAUCACGAAUUCAUAUCUAA